AUGGACUCUGGGAAAUUACCAUUAAGGAAGUGGUGCUCAAAUUCUCUAUCCAUUAUGAAUCUAAUAGUAAAAAGUGAGCACGACCCCUUAUUCUCAUUAGAAAUUGGAGAUCAAGACACAGUGAUAUCAUUAGGACUAGAAUGGAAACCAUUAGUAGACCAAUUCUUCUUCACUAUAUCAACCGUUACAAGGAAGAAGAGGCUAACCAAGAGAAUGAUACUUUCAGAUUUGAAUAGGAUUUUCGAUCCACUUGGCCUAUUAACACCAGUGCUUGUAAAAGGUAAAAUAUUUCUCCAGCAGAUGUGGGCAACAAAGAUGGGCUGGGACACCCAACUCUUAGAUGAGAUGCAAAAUAAAUGGAUUGGCUUUUACCAAACCCUCGAAUAA